AUGUCCGGAGACACAUUUCUUACAGAGUUAGGUUAUAAACUAGGGAAAACAAUCGGUGAAGGCAGUUAUUCUAAAGUGAAAGUAGGGAGUUCCAAGAAAUACAGGGAGAAUGUUGCCAUAAAGGUAGUAGACAGGAAGAAGGCUCCACCAGACUUUGUCAAUAAGUUUCUGCCAAGGGAGUUGGCCAUCUUGAGAGGAAUCAAACACCCUCACAUUGUUCAGGUCUAUGAAUUCAUUGAAGUUUGCAAUGGGAAGCUUUACAUUGUUAUGGAGCAGGCAGCAACAGAUCUUCUCCAGUUGAUUCAACACAGGGGCCACAUCCCAUGCAAUGAAGCCCGUCAUUUCUUUACGCAGAUUGCUUGCGCUGUCAAAUACCUUCACGAGCAUGACAUUGUCCACCGAGACCUCAAGUGUGAAAACAUCCUGUUGACUGAAGAAAUGCAGGUAAAGAUCACCGACUUUGGAUUUGGCAAGAAGAUUCAUGGUUAUCCUGACCUCAGCAGCACUUAUUGCGGUUCUGCUGCCUAUGCCCCUCCUGAAGUCCUCAUGGGGGUCCCCUACGACCCCAAAAAGUACGACAUUUGGAGCCUGGGCAUCAUUCUUUAUGUGAUAGUGACCGGGUGCAUGCCCUUUGAUGAUUCAAACAUCAGCAAGUUACCCAAGAGCCAGCAGAAAGGAGUGGUCUACCCAGAUAGCAUCCAACUAGAGGAGAAAUGCCAAUCUUUGAUAAGGGAACUGUUACAGUUUUGCCCUUCAGGACGACCAGCUGCCAACCAGAUUGUCAAGCACGUAUGGCUUAGAGACAACAAGUAG